AUGAUGUGUGCUGCUGAUCCACGACACAGCCGAUACUUGUGUGCAUCAGCCCGUGGCAAAAUGAGCAGUAAGGAAGUAGAUGAACAAAUGUUGAAUGUUGAGAACAAGAAGUCAUCAUGGAUUCAUAACAACGUGAAGUCAACAGUUUGUGAUAUCCCACCCACAGGCCUCAAAAUGGCGGCGUCGGCAUUUGUUGGCAAUUCAACAUCCAUACAGGAGAUGUUUAGGCGUGUGAGUGAGCAAUUUACAUCUAUGUUUAGGAGGAAGGCUUUCUUGUACUGCUAUACAGGAGAAGCCAUAGAUGAGUUCACCGAGGCUUGCUCUGUCAGCUAA